UAUUCCAGAACCAUUUAAAACCUAACCAUCAGUGUGACAUCAGAGGUCUUUGUGGGGUAAACAGCAAGAGGUAGGUGUGGAGCACACUAUUUCCCCACAGGUGUUCCCGGAGCUUAGCCCAGCAGCCAGAGGACACAGCAGAAGAGGAGCUUGUUCACACCCUCUUCAGGUAGGCUACACACUUUGGUAGAUUCUUUGGAUAAUAUGACCUAGAGGUUAGAUGAAUGAGAAUCUGCACAGAUGCAUGGGUUUCACAUCCACACACCUAUGCCAGGAGCUUCAUUCUUGACCCUUGUUUAUCUCUGCUUUGUGCCAGGAAGUCCCCUGCGUCACCGACCACCAGCACCACCGUGGAGCGCUUCUUCAACAUGCACCCCCAGCGCCCCCUGCCCCAAGCCAUGCCCAUGCCCCCCAACCUGGGCCAGACCCUGAGGGAUGCCGCCCUGGGAAUCGGCCGUGGCAAGAACCUGCUGGGCGGAAACAUCGCCUACGGUCUCAUCCAGUCCCUCAAGGAGUGCCUGUACUUCCUGCUCUGCUGCUGGUGCAUCAAGGAGAUACUGGACUGAAGGACAGGAUUAGAAGAAAGUUCAAGGGAUGGAUGGGUGAUUGAGAGGAGGCCCCCCACCCCCACCUGCCUUUUUGGUUCAUUGCUUAGGGCAUUUUGAGCCACUACUUGAAUGCUGUUCCGUCUCAUUUACAGUUGACCAUUGAGGUGCAGUGCUGCUUAUGAUUCUAGAAGACUGAGGCCUAUCUUGUUUACUUGUGUGGCCCACUGGAAAAAGGGGAAAUGUCACCUGUCUACUGGUCCUUCACUCUGGCUAGAGUAAUCAAACUCAUCCUUGGACAUCAAAAUCACACAUGGACUCCUGGCACUUACAAAACAAUGGAAAAUACAAAGCUCGCAGUGAGAAGGGAACAAAUAUCACUGGGGAAUUGAGACUUGGGGAAUUUCGAUGAAUAGGGCCAGAUUUCUUCAAAAACAGCUGUGAACACCAAUAAUAUUAUGGCGGAAAACUAAAUCAUAGGAUUAAUAAUAAUAAACAAUAAACGUGCAUUAUUUCAAAGACCUGUCUCCAGGAGUGCUAUUUUGGUCACACAGUAGGCCUACAUCAAAGAGAAAAGUGUUCAUCCAAGACAUACGCUAAGCCAU